AUGCUGCCCGGCGUCGCCAUGGCGCGCCGCCCGGGAUGCCUUUCGCUGCUGCUGCUGAGCCUGGCGGCCGCGGCGGUCGGCCAGGAGGCGGCGGCGGCGGCGGAGCGCCUGAGCCCUUACUUCGGCACCAAGUCCCGCUACGAGACCUCCAACCCGGCGCUGCUGCGGGACCCGCUGUCGCUGGGGCCGCCCCAGCCGGGCUUCCCGCUGCCGCCGGCCUCCUGCGCGCCGCUGCAGCUGCAGGCCCUCGUGCGCCACGGCGCGCGCUUCCCCACCGGCGGCCAGAUCAAGAAGCUGGCGCGGCUGCACGGCCUGGUGGCGCGGGCCAACGGCUCCUGCCCCGCCGCCCAGGCCCUGGCCCGCUGGGACAUGUGGUACCGCCAGGACAUGGACGGGCGGCUGGCCCAGCGCGGGCGCGCCGACAUGCGCGCGCUCGCCCGCCGCCUGGCCGCGCGCUUCCCGGGCCCGCUGGCCCCGCAGCGCCGCUUCGUCUUCACCAGCAGCCACAAGGCGCGGUGCGUGGACAGCAGCGAGGCCUUCCGGGAAGGGCUCUGCCUGGCGCUGUACGGGCCGCGGGAAAGCAACCCGGCUAUCCUGGGAGACAUUAAAAUUAAUGACACAUUAAUGAGAUUUUUUGACCUUUGUGAAAAAUUUGUAAGAGACGUAGACAAGAAUAACGAAGCUAUGCGUGAACUGGAUGACUUCAAAGAAGGUCCCGAGAUGAAGAAGGUGGUAGAGAGAAUUGCAAAUAAAUUGUGUUUACCAGUGGAUCAGUUAAAUGCAGAUUUGGUUCAGGUGGGAUUUUUCACAUGCUCAUUUGAGCUAGCUAUAAAAAACAUCAGCAGCCCCUGGUGUUCGAUAUUUAGUGAAGAAGAUGCCUUGGUACUUGAAUAUCUGAAUGAUCUGAAGCAGUUCUGGAAGAGAGGAUAUGGAUACGAUAUUAACAGUCGUGCCAGCUGCGUUCUUUUCCAGGAUAUCUUCAGAAAUCUGGACCAGGCUGUAGCAGAGAGUAAAAGUUCGAAGCCUAUUUCUUUGCCUGGGAUCUUCCAGUUUGGUCAUGCAGAGACCCUUCUACCAGUCCUUUCUCUCAUGGGUUACUUCAAGGACAACAAGCCUCUUAAAGCAAAGAACUACGCUAAGCAAAUGGAUCGGAAAUUUCGCAGUGGCCGAAUUGUCCCUUAUGCUGCAAACCUGUUAUUUUUGCUUUACCACUGUGAUCAAGCCCAGUCUCCCAAGGAGGAGUACAAAGUACAGAUCCUGCUCAAUGAGAAACUGCUGGAAUUUCCUUGGUCAAAGAAGACGGUCAUUACUUUUGCCAACCUGAAAAACCACUACAAAGAUAUCCUUCAGAAAUGCCACUUCGCAGAAGUGUGUGAUGUGCCGCAGAAUGCCACUACUGGUGCUUGA